CGCUUGAAUUUACCCGUCAAGGCAUUUCCCUUCCCCAGGCAGUUCCCUUCCCCAGGCUCGACCCCGCUGGCCCAGCGGUCACCGCACUGCCCGGCUCUCACGACCAUCGGCCGUCGUCCUCGAGUCGCCCCUCGGUCACCCCUCCCCGUUCCGCACGCGUCGUCUCCCGCUCACCCAUGGCGCUCGCCGCUUCGCUCCCUCUGCCUCACACGGCCGCCACCGACGGCCUGUGCCGUGCCCCUGGUACUGCGGCGUCGCGACUAGCGAGCUCGUUUGCCACACCACGCGGCGUCAGCGGAAGAAUCGCGCUGCUUCCCCGCGCGGCUUUCCGCGGAAUGGGGAGCGGGAAGGGAGCGGCGGAAGGGAGAGAACGGUCCGCUGCAGCGGCGGCAGCAGUGACGAGCGCGGGCGCGGGCGGGGCCGCGGGGGAGGCAGUUGGGGUUAACCGGCGAGCUGUGCUGAUCGGGAGCGGGGUGCUGACAGGCGCAGCGUUGUGCUCUCCAGCAGGCCACGUGGCGCGCGCAACUGACGUGGCACCGCAAAGGUACUUCAAAACGGCCUCCGGUGCCACUGUAGAAGAGGUGUACGAGGGGCAGGGCGAGGCGGCAGCGGCAGCAGGCGAUGCUGUCACGGUGCACUACGUGUGCCGCAGAUCCAAUGGCUACUUUGUCGCCAGCACCAUUGACCCAGUGGGAGGGGAGGCGGAGCCCAUAGACCUGCUGCUGGGGCAAGGGCAGGUGAUCCAGGGCCUGGAGGAGGCCGUGCAAGGGAUGAGAGCCGGAGGCAAGCGCAGAGUGCUCAUCCCCCCUGCGCUCGGCUACGUCAGAGCAGACAUGCAGCCCCAGCCCAAGGAGUACUUUCGGCAGCGUGCGCUUGCAGCACAUGUGAAGGAGCCUCUAAUAUUUGAAGUGCAGGUGGUUAAGCUGAGACCCGGGGCUGCUGCGGCAGCAUUGUAGGGCUAGGCAUUUGAUUUAUCGUUGGCUGUCUGUAUUGUGAUUGUGGGGAGAUCAGGAGACGGUGCUCUGAUUGCACUCCAUAAUGUGGCCGUCAAAUGAGGCCAGCAAACUGGUAUGUUCAUUAUAAAAGUGCACAUUGUUCAAAUUAUAUUUUUAUAUAAUUGUAG